AUGGCAAUAUUUUCACUUGCCACCUCAACAAGCUCAUUCUGCAGAGUUGCCUUGGAAUUAACUUGCGCCGUUGGUGAUGUCUGUGAUAAAGGUGCUUGUGUCGCUGUUGGUAAUAGUUGCUCUGGUGAAGAUGGUUGUGGUGUUGAUGGCUGUGGUGGCACUGGUGUUAAUGGUUUUAGAUGCGUUGAUACUUGCAUUGGUAAUUAUGGUACUGGGAUUGAUGGCUGUUGUGGAAGUUUUGGAUGUGCUUGUGACGGUGAAGUUAGGUGUGAAGAUGCUGAUGGUUGUGCUGGUGCUGAUGGUGAUUGUUGUGGGGUAGAUGGCCGAUGUGGAACCAACGGUUUUGGUUGA